UCCCCCUGAAGGUGAAGGCUGGGAAACAUGCUGUGAUGUCACUUACCGGAUGAACCAGCAGCUGCGGUUGUUUCACGUCAAAACAAUCCGGAAGACGAUACAGCAUGACGGAACUGUUGAUGUAGCUGGGACGAGGUUAAGGCUGAAUUAAUAACAUUACCGUUUGAGGCAGUGUAGUGAAACUUAAUAAUGUUGCUGAAUAAAAGAUAGGCAUAUCGCCACGGGCCAAGGCUGAGUUUGGAGCACAGACUGUAGCAGAAAUAGGAAGGUUUAAAUCAGACCAGCCUCGCGUUUUGGAUUCAAAGUCCAUGUUAACACAUCGUAGCAGUUCUAGAUAUUAAAGUCUUGUAGCUCGUCGCAGAUCGGUUCAAAGUCAUCAUGGGCAAUGGAAUGAAUAAGGUUGUCGAUGGGCUCUACCUUGGGAACAUAAGAGAUGCAGAAAACAAAGAAAGUCUGUCUAAGAAUGGCAUCACCCACAUCUUGUCUGUGUACAACAAUGCAAAGCCCAUGUUUGAGGACAUGACAUACCUUUGUAUUCAUGCAGCUGAUGCCUCUAGCCAGAACCUAUUACAACAUUUUAAAGAGUGCAUCAGCUUCAUCCAUGAAUGUCGCCUGAAUGGUGGAUCUUGUCUUGUUCACUGCCUUGCAGGUGUGUCCCGCAGCACUACCAUGGUGGUGGCCUACCUGAUGACUGUUACCCACUACAGCUGGGAUGAAUGUCUGUCUGCAGUCAAAGCUGUACGCUCCUUUGUUGGCCCUAACUAUGGCUUCCAGCAGCAGCUGCAAGAGUAUCAGACGACACAAGUCUCAGAGUACCGAGCUUGGUUACAGUCCAAUUUCCGUCCCAGUCCAUUUAAUGACCAGGAGCAGGUGGGCGCCCUGCUUAGUCAGUACACAGAGCAACAGGAAAGCCAGAGGAGAGGAGCAGACCAUCGCUGGAUAAAUCAAGGUGUCAGUGCUCUGCCGUCCGACCCUGAUGAUCCUGAAGAGAGCACCUGAAACAUGGGCCUCUGGACAUGCCAAAGUCCUGCCCAAUGCUGUCUGUAAAUGGCAGUUAUUAUUAUUCUGUACUCAAUUCCAAAUCAACCCCAAGUUGUAUCCAGCUUUAAGGCCUUUGUACACCUACCACAAAGCAUAGGAUGAAAAAGAUUCCAACUUAAAUCGUGUUUUAUACCUAUUAUACUUUUUAAUUUGCACCAGUCUAGUCUUUUUUUAAGUAAUGGAGGUUGAUUUAGAACUGGGCUACAGACUCUUCACCACAACCAGUACCGCCCAUGCACCUUUAACUCAGUACAGCCAAAACAUGGGAAUCGGUGCUCACAGACGCCUUACUCUAAACACCUCAGCACCUUAACCAUGAUGAAUAAACUAUACGUCUAUGUGGACUCUUUACACCUGCAGUGUUCAGCUCGGUGCACUUAUAGAUGUGACUAAUUAAUGCCGUUUUAAAGGGACAUUUUGUCUUGAAUUAUGUGGAUGUCUAGUCUAUGGUGGUGGACAGGGAAAUGCACAUAUCUACAUCCAAUUUGAUGCCAGUUAUUCUGACCAGAUAUUCUGACAUGUACCAGUUUGCAGUCCUGUCCUGGUUCUUAAUGGUAAACUCUUUGAUCGACACUGCAGCUGGAGCUCAUGGCAUAAAAUGAAUGUGUACAACCUAUUGAAAGCAAGCACUAUUGUUUGCCAAUGAAAUGUAUAAAUGCUGUUGUCAAUGGUCAUGGUGUCAUGAGCACAUACACAAACCACUUGCACAUGUUAUAUCUACAAUACCUACAUCACUGUUGCACAUCACUGUCCAUGAAGUAAACAGAAUUUGUUUACACCCAGUGUUCUUUCAUUCCAGUUGGUACUUUUUGUUACAUCUGGUUCAGCUUUGAAGAAAUCUUCAAGCUGUCUGCACACUAUAUAUACCAGUGUCUGCAACAGGAUCCAGCACCCGCAAUCCAAGUGGAGCUCUGUCAGUUCCCAACAACUCUGUCCCAACCAACAAAACUGUUGCAGAGUUAUCUCUUAUCAGGCAGAGAGGACAAACAAAGUCAACAGCCUAGCUUUCUGUAGUUUGUCCACCAUCAACUGAUUCCAGAUAAGCCUGGGGCGUGAUCUGUUCGUGCUUUCCUCAGAUACAGAGUUGUAAAACUUGGCAAAAUGUUCCUUUAGGUAAUACCUUUGAGCUUCAUAAAGUAUGGCUGAGUAAAACUAUAACUACACAUGAAGGAUCUCUUCAGUCCAAAUGCUUAAGUCUUCCUGAUUUUACUGAAGCUCUGAUUUUUCUUUUUAUUGUGACAAAGCUGAUUUUUAGGUCAUUUGUAUCAUGAAUUCAUGGGUACAGUUGAUUGUUUUAAUUGCAUAUUUAUAGUGUUUUUUUUUUUGUUUGUUUGUUUUUUGUGUUUUAUAAUAAAAUGCAGUGAUUGACAAAAAAAUAUGGGAAUACUAAUAAAUCUGUACUAUCAACACCA